AUGAGAGCACAUUCCACACCUCCAUCCCUAACCCAUCCCACCCCAUCCACUACCCACCACUACAAAAAGUGUCCCACUUCUCUUUCCUUCCUUUCUCUGAAGAAAAGUAUACAGAGAAAAAGCUCUUUUUUUCUGCCUCCAAAACUGGCCAUAGAUGAUCAAGAACCCAACAUAAGAGAUAUCAGACCCAAAAGCAGAAGAAUCAUGGGAGGAGGAGUUUUAGUUGAUGAUGAUGAAGAAAACAAGUGGCCGCCAUGGCUGCAGCCUCUUCUCCAAACAAGCUUCUUUGUUCAUUGCAAGAUUCACGCAGAUUCUCACAAGAGUGAAUGCAAUAUGUACUGCCUGGACUGCAUGAAUGGAGCCCUUUGUUCUCUUUGCCUGACUUCUCAUAGAGACCACAGGGCAAUUCAGAUACGGAGGUCGUCAUAUCAUGAUGUGAUAAGGGUGUCUGAGAUUCAGAAAUAUUUGGACAUCACAGGAGUCCAGACAUACAUAAUAAACAGUGCCAGGAUUGUGUUCUUGAAUGAGAGGCCUCAGCCUAGGCCUGGUAAAGGUGUCACCAAUACCUGCCAAGUCUGCGAGCGCAGCCUCCUUGAUUCCUUCAGUUUCUGCUCCCUUGGCUGCAAGAUUGUUGGGACAUCAAAGAGUUUCCGGAAAAAGAAAAUGUGCAUGGAGACAGAAGGGUCAGACACUGAAGGAUCAUUGAAUGGCAUUGGCAAUGGGCAUGUGAAAAGCAAAGUUCGAAGCUUUACACCAUCAACACCACCUCCAACGGCUGCGAGUUACAGAACUGCCAAGAGGAGGAAGGGGGUUCCCCAUAGAUCUCCAAUGGGAGGCCUUAUUAUAGAAUACUAAAGAAAGAAAAAAAAAAUAGUGGUUUUUAUUUAACAAUUAUAUAUAUACCUGCAGCCCCAAAACACCACAUGAUUAAUGCCACUGCCUCCUUUAAGUGGCAUUAAUCUUAGCAAUGUUUUAUAUGCAUGUUUACAGCAAAGUUAUGCAUGACACCUGAGCCUUGUACAUGAGGCCGGUGAUACAAGUCGUCAAUUAAGCUCUAUAUAUGUUGUAUAUAUAGGGGAAAAUAAUGUUGAAAAAUAAUGGGAAAUUGAGAAAAAAAAAAAAGUGAAAAUGUUGGGAAUGAUAUGGAGAUGAUGAUCAUCAUGAUGAUAGAUGUUUUAUCAUCUAUAGAUGUUUGCAGUUUCGAUAUUUAUAAAUGUAUAUAAAAGUUUGUAGAGAGAUGAUCUAGUUUGUACUGCAUGUGAUAAUCAAUGAAUAAAAUGCUAUAUAUAUUAUAUAUA